AUGGCUUCUCAGCAAUCGGCUGAUUUUAUCAUUGCCGGUGGUGGCACGGCAGGCCUUGUCGUUGCCAGUCGGUUAUCCGAAGAUCCAAAUGUCCGAGUCCUUGUGCUCGAGGCCGGGGAGGAUCUCACAGCCGACCCUCGUGUCAACAUCCCCGCCUUCUGGACUACCCUACUAGGUUCUGAUGCAGACUGGCAGUUCAAAACAGCUGCCCAGCCUGGUUUGAAUGGUCGUUCUAUCCAACAACCACGGGGCAAGGUCCUCGGCGGCUCAUCCGCAAUCAAUGGGCAGACUUUCGUAGCACCGGCUCGGGCCGAGAUCAACGCCUGGGCUGGCUUAGGCAACCCAGGCUGGGACUGGGAGGGACUAGUCCCUUACUACAAGAAAUCGUAUACACUAGUAUCCCCACCCGAUGAAGAGACCAUCAAGCACCUUGGCCUUGACUGGAUUGAUGAUGAGUACCGUGGCAAGGAUGGUCCAAUCCAGGUCUCCUUCCCUGGCGUGAAGGAGAACCCACUUUGUAAGGCUUGGAUUGAUGCUUUCCGUGGUAUGGGCAAGGCCACUACAGGCGACCCUUUCUCUGGAAAGUCGACAGGCGGCUACAGUAAUGCCGCAACUGUGGACCCCAAGACUAAGACCCGAAGCUAUGCUGCCUCGGCUUACGGGCUUCCUCUCAAAGAAAGGUCCAAUGUCCGUGUCAUCACCGGCGCGACGGUCAACAAGAUCUUGUUUGAUAGCACUACAAGUGACUCAAUUGUGGCGACCGGCGUAGAAGCCUCUGUCGCCGGCAAGUCCGAAACUUUCACCGCUGCCAAAGAGGUCGUUCUCGCCCUUGGAGCCCUGGCGACUCCCAAGAUCCUCGAGCUCUCAGGAGUCGGCAACCCUGGCAUCCUUGCUAAGCACGAGAUCCCCGUGGUUAUCGACCUGCCUGGAGUUGGUGAGAAUCUGCAAGACCAUCUGAUGACGGGCAUCAGCUACGAGGUCGCCGACUAUGUCCUGACCGGUGACGCAUUGAUACGACAGGAGCCGGAAGCGCUCGCGUUCGCGCAGAAGCUCUACGUUGAACACCAAGCCGGCCCCUUCACCAUCGGUGGCUUACAAUCGCAUGCAUACAUGCCCCUGCAAGGCGCAACUACCUACGAUCAGCUACUCUCCGACCCUCCGUCUCGCUCCGAGGAUGGAGAGUACGUAGAUAUUGUGCGCUCUGUCCUGGAUCGUGAGGAAUCGCACUCCUCGGGGUGGUUCAUGUUCUUGGCGCAAGCAAACCUGCAUGAGGGCAGUGAGAGUUUUGUAGGCAAGAAGCUGCUUGAUGGCAACUACGCCAGUUUGGGGUGCUCACAAACGCACCCGUUCUCGCGCGGCUCCACGCACAUCGCCUCGGCCGACUUUGCAGCCAAGCCGGAUAUUGAUCCACGCUACUUCUCACACCCCGCCGACCUCGAGAUCAUGGCCCGCCACGUUCAGGCGCUCGAGAAGCUGCGACAUGUGCCUGAGCUGGCACCUUUAUUCAAGGAGAACGGCCGGCGAAAUCACCCGGAGGCUUUCGACGUAGCGGAUCUGGAGGGCGCCAAGAAAUAUGUCUUGAAUACGGCCACCACAACAUACCACGCUUGCGGCACUACGGCAAUGCUCCCCAGAGGGAAAAGCGGCGUAGUGGACCCAGAAUUGGUGGUAUAUGGCACCAAGAAUCUCCGUGUUGUGGAUGCCGGUGUCUUCCCUUUGAUUGUGCGCGGCAAUAUCAUGUCCUCAGUGUAUGCCGUUGCCGAGAAGGCAGCUGAUGUCAUCAAGAAACGAUUGUGA